CGCCCCAAGAUACGGAUGAAAUAGAAAAGAAGCGACAGCUGACAUUUCCAUUGGAAUCUAUGCCUCUACACUUCCACUCUGUGACAAUCAGCAUUGAGGAGACAGGACACGAAACACAUCAUGUUGUUUGCACAGAAUGGCUGAGCACCCUAAUGUUAGGAGACAUUAACGAACAAUCAGCAACAGAACUCAGUGGCCUUGUUUAGCAGGCAAGAGGCAAGAAGCAGUGGCCAUAGCAACCUCAGUGGAGACAGAACAAGCCGGGUUUUGUAUUUGUGGCAAAGGGCUGCUUGGCGUCCCCUGUUUCUGCUCUCCUGCGCACUUGCACGGUUGGACGCACACAUGCACACGCACACACACAAUCCUCCAGACCCUGUGUAUAUGGCAGUGUGGUGUCCUUCCAUGGGCAAUGUUUACAGGAUGUUAUCUGUCUCAGUGCCUGCCCCUCGUCCCUCUGAGUGGGUUCCCGUUGGAAUGCAGAGAGGGGAUGGAGGAGUUCCAAAGGGGGAGUGACGAGAGAGAGGAGAGAGAGAGAGAGAGAGAGACUACAUAUACAUCCCAACACUAGGAGGCUGGUGUUCAUAGGCACAGCUGGACUGUUGGAUAACUGGACUUCACCACCCUGGAUACUUUAUUGGACUAUUAGAGACAUCAACAUAGUCAAAGAGUCUUUGAAGACCUAGUUGGCCAUUGUUACUUUGUGACAAAGCCCUCAAAAUGACCAGUGUGGCAGAAUGGCUCGUGCAGAACAGGGGCAAGAUCGAGAAGGGGGUGGAGAUCAUGGGACAGGCCUCCGCAGUCCUGGCAGCCACUGUGGGUCAGCUCCAUCCCGUCCUGGAGGCCGUGUUUGUAGCCUCCUCUGAGAUCCUCAGCAACCCGGAAGGGCAGGAUGCACGCUACCUGACUGAGCAGUUCAGCAUGGUCAACCAAAAACUGGAAGGCAUCCAGGCUGAGAUCGAACAAAUCGCCCUGGAGCUGCAGAGGACCUCCUUGAAUAAGCAGAACUUUGACCGUGAGGCACAAAUGCUCAGCCAGUACGAAAAGUUCCAGGACUUUGUCAACGCCAAGCCCAAGUUCAAAGAGAAGAAGAUGGAGAAGUUCCUCAGCCAUUAUGAGAACACGGACACGGACUUGAACCUGGACGCGCUCUAUAAUGCCGUUACCGGGGACAAUACCUCAGGUGACCCCAUGCUGGAGACAGUGGUUUCCACAGAACAAAGGAGUAGAAGGGCGGUAGAAGAUUUCUGUGCCAGGCUUAAGAAGCUCUUUGUGGUGGGCAUCAUUGCUGUCAUGGGUUAUGCCAGCCUCAAGGAAGGGGUUGUGGGGGAUGAGAUGGUGAAGAAGUGGCAGGAGCGUAUGGAAGAUGUUGAGAACCGCAUGAAAGCAGCGGUGGAUGAUUGCACAGAAAACUUCGCUGAUCAAGCCAAAUUGGACAUGGAACACCAGCUUCAGGAGAAACCUGGCAGUGUUGACCUUGACUUCACCAAAUCCCUAUUGGACACACUUGUUAAGAAAUAUGACUGGGUUAGCUGGUCUAUCAGGGUCUUCAAUGACAAGGAGCGAAUUGUCUUUUUCAACUGGCUAGCUGGAAAGAAGUACCAUGGCAGGGGAGGAGGAGCUAAUUACUUUGAUGUGUUGACCAAGAACAACAUCAAAGUGGUGAUCUCUUUCAGUGUACAGCCUAAGCCUAUCAACAAGGGUCAGAUUCAGCAAGAAAUUGAGGGGCAGAAACUGAAGGGGAACAUGAUGGAUGUGGCUCAGGUCCUCAGCAGAAGUCUCCCCAACUGCUUGGUGCAUGCUGUCAGCCACUAUAAGGAAGUGGUGGAGACCAACAACUUCCAAGAGGAUUGUUACUACUAUGGAAAACACAAAAAAGCAUACUUAUGCAUUCAUCCUGAGUAGCUUUUUUUAAAACAGUGCAAUGCAAAAUAGAGUAGACAUAAUGGGGAAAACUACAAAUGCAAUUCAUGAAUGUUUAUAACUGAGUUUAGAGAUGUUUUUAUUGAUAUCUCAAACCUAGUUGACGCUUUAGUUAGUGAUUGUGUGAAAUAUAAUCUCUUGUUACAGACUGCAAAAUGUUUAUUUGUUUAUCGACCUUGUAUAUUUUUGUGUAGUUAGUUAUCAUUUACCAGAGGUGUCAAAUACAUGGCCCGUGGGGUCAGAUUUUUUGGGGGAAAAGCAAUGGAUAGUGGACUGUCUUGUGCAAAAUUUCAAGGCAAAGAAAUAAAACCAAUGUUCAGUAUGGCGCCUCGAUCUCUUUGAAGACUGAAUGCGGCCCCUGGGCAAAAUUAGUUUGACACACCUGGUUUAAACUAUCAGGAUUUGCACAUGUGUAUUAAUGGACAUAUAUGAGACAUUUUAUGCCAGGCAGUGGCUAUCUACUCAACAGUGACAACGCAUGAGAACCUGGUACUUCCUCCCACCAAAUAGAAGAGUAAGAUACCUUGUUUAACCUGCAUUCCAGUAUUUCAUGAUGACCAUACUGUAAAUUAGCACACCAGCCAGCGUAAUAAUGUGUUAUGUAAGCUUACUGCAAACAACUAUUUCUCCUCAUCAAUGUACUGAGGACUUACUCAAGCUCUUUUGAAAAAUGCUGUUGAUAGACACACCACACGGUCCAAAUCUAUAGCCUUACCACAUUACAUCUCUGUCUGUAUUCACACAUUUGAUAUCCUUCAUACAGCUAUAAAAUGUUUACGGUCUUCUUUAUUCAUAAUAAACCACAAUUUAAAGGA